AUGAUCAAUAUGGCACCUGUCGUCGAUGUACAUACCCACAUCUAUCCACCAGCCUACGUUUCGCUUCUUCGCUCUCGUAAUGCCGUCCCCUAUAUGCGAACUUUUGCCGACAAUCCAUCCGCCGGAGAAAGGCUUGUGAUUCUGCCCAGCGAAGACGCAGCAACAUCUACUGCACGCGGACGCCCCAUUGGUCCCGAAUACUACGAAGAAGAAGAGAAGAUCAAGUUCAUGGACAAACACCACAUUGACAUUAGCGUCAUAUCCCUUGCAAACCCAUGGCUAGAUUGGUGUGACGCAUCUGAAGCUGCUCAUGUCGCGACACAAAUCAACGACGAUGUCGAGCAGGUCUGUUCACGCCAUCCAGGACGUCUGUACGCUUUUGGUACUCUGCCAUUGAGUGCUGGAGCAGAUGCAGUAGUCGCCGAGAUCAAGCGACUGACAACACUUUCUCAUUUCCGCGGCGUAAUCAUCGGCACUUCAGGACUUGGAAAUGGAUUGGAUGAUCCGGCUCUCGAACCUAUUUGGUCUGCUCUCCAAUCCACCAAACAACUCGUCUUCUUGCACCCGCACUACGGUCUGCCUGCCUCUGUAUAUGGUGAUAGAGCAGCAGACUAUGGACACGUAUUGCCUCUUGCCCUAGGUUUUCCUCUCGAGACUACCAUUGCCAUCACCCGAGCCAUUCUCUCUGGCGUCUUUGAUCGCUUCUCAGAUCUGCAAAUGUUGCUCGCGCAUUCGGGCGGCACGCUACCCUUCCUCGCCGGCAGAAUCGAAUCCUGCAUCGCCCACGACAAUCACCUCAAACAAGCCAACAAGAUCUCUGGACGAAGAUCCAUCUGGGAUAUCCUGAGCACGAACAUCUAUCUCGACGCCGUGGUGUAUGGGGAAGCUGGAUUGAAGGCUGCCGUGCUAGCUAGUGGGAAGGACAGAUUGAUGUUUGGAACCGAUCAUCCGUUUUUUCCUCCGCUGGAUGAUGGGGAGGCAGAGUGGGUGUCUGUCAAGACGAAUGAGAGGGCUGUGAGUGGAGUGUUUGAUGGGGAUGGACAGGCUAGAGGUGAUGUUAUGGGUGGUAAUGCGGUUAGAGUGUUGAGGCUGGGAUAA